AUGGCGGCGUGUGGACGUGUUCAGCUGCUGCUGCUGCUACUGCUGCUGCUCUCGUCUCUCUGCCUUCUCACCGUGCAGGCUCUUAAACCUCUUCCAGGUUUCGGGAAUGUCCAUCUUCCGGCUGCCGCUAUGCACCAGCAGUUCAGAGCGGCGCAACCGAUUCCCGGGAAUAACGGCGCCGCCGCCGCGUCCUCCGGUUCUAGAAGAUCCACCGGCUGGAAGCUAGCAGAAGAGCAGGCCUGCCGGGACGACGUGAACCGGCUGUGUCCGAAAAACACCUGGACAAAUAACCUGUCCGUACUGGAGUGCCUGCAGGACAAGAAGGAGGACACAGAGAUUGCUCCAGACUGCAACCAUCUGCUGUGGAACUACAAGUUGAAUUUGACCACAGAUCCGAAAUUUGAGUCUGUGGCGCUGGAAGUGUGUACGAGCACCAUGUUAGAGCUGAAGGAGUGUGCAGAUGAGGAGCGGGGGAAAGGCUAUCUGAUGUCCUGCCUGGUGGACCACCACGUCAACAUCACAGAACGCCAGUGCCAUCAGUACAUCACCAAGAUGACCAGCAUCAUCUUCAGCGACUAUCGGCUCAUAUGCGGCUUUAUGGACAAAUGCAGAGAAGACAUCAACACCUUGGAGUGUGGAAGCAUCGCUGUCGGAGAAAAAGACCUGCAUUCCCAGGGCGAGGUGAUUGCGUGUCUGGAGAGGGCGCUGGUCCGAGAGGCAGAGCAGAAGGAUAAGGCUCGUCAAAUCAAGGACGAGUGCAAAAAGGCCAUCAUGAGAGUGGCAGAACUAUCAGCGGACGACUUCCACCUCGACCGCUACCUCUACUUCUCCUGCCGAGACGACCGGGAGCGCUUUUGUGAGCAUACCCAGGUGGGAGAGGGCAGAGUGUACAAAUGCUUGUUCAACCAUAAAUUUGAGGAAGCAAUGUCGGAAAAGUGCAGAAACGCCCUGACCACUCGGCAAAAGCUCAUUGCCCAAGAUUAUAAAGUCAGUUACUCCCUGGCGAAGGCCUGUAAGGCCGACCUACGCAAGUACCGUUGUAACCCGGACGCCAGCAUGCCUCGCGCCCGAGAGGCCAGACUCUCCUUCCUCCUCCUCUGCCUGGAGUCUGCUGUUCACAGAGGCCGCACGGUGACCGGAGAUUGUCAGGGGGAGAUGCUGGACUACAGACGCAUGCUAAUGGAGGAUUUCUCUCUGAGUCCUGAGAUCGUGUUGCAUUGUCGAGGAGAGAUCGAGGCACACUGCUCAGGACUGCACCGCAAGGGACGCACCCUGCACUGCCUCAUGAGAGUCACCCGCGGGGACAAGGGCACGGUGGACAACCUCUGUCAGACAGCACUCCAGACUCUUAUCCAGUCAGCAGACCCCGGCGCUGAUUACCGGAUUGAUCGCGCUUUGAAUGAAGCCUGUGAGUCUGUGAUCCAGACGGCCUGCAAACACAUCCGCAGCGGAGACCCUAUGAUUCUGUCUUGUCUAAUGGAGCAUCUUUACACAGAGAAGAUGGUUCAGGACUGUGAACACAGUCUUCUGGAGCUGCAGUACUUCAUUUCAAGAGACUGGAAGCUUGAUCCAAUCCUAUACCGUAAGUGUCAGAACGACGCAUCCAGACUGUGUUACACCCCAGGCUGGAACGAGAGCAGUGAGCUGAUGCCUCCUGGCGCUGUGUUUUCCUGCCUUUACCGGCACGCUUACCGGACAGAAGAGCAGGGCAGACGACUCACCAGGGACUGUAAGAUGGAAGUCCAGAGAGUUCUUCACCAGAGAGCUCUGGAUGUGAAGCUGGACCCGGAGCUCCAGAAACGCUGCAUGACUGACCUGGGCAAAUGGUGCAGUGAGAAGACAGACAACGGACAGGAGCUGGAGUGUCUUCAGGACCAUCUUGAGGACUUGGUGUCAAACUGCAGAGAUGUGGUGGGCAACCUGACAGAACUGGAAUCUGAGGACAUUCAGAUUGAAGCUCUGCUGAUCCGAGCCUGUGAACCGGUCAUCCAGAGCCACUGCCAUGAUGUAGCUGAUAAUCAAAUAGACACAGGGAAUCUUCUGGAAUGCCUGGUGCAGAACAAGCAUCAGAGGGAAAUGAAUGAGAAAUGUGCUGUGGGCGUCACUCAUUUCCAGCUGGUUCAGAUGAAGGACUUCCGCUUCUCCUACAAGUUCAAAAUGGCCUGUAAAGAGGAUGUCCUCAAACUCUGUCCCAACAUUAAGAAGAAGGCGGAUGUGGUCAUCUGUUUGAGCACCACGGUGAGGAACGACACGCUACAGGAUGUGAAAGAUCAGCGUGUGUCUCUUAAAUGUCGGAAACAGCUGAGGGUGGAAGAGCUGGAGAUGUCAGAGGACAUUCGACUGGAACCUGAGCUGCAUGAUGCUUGUAAGAAGGAUAUCAACAAGUUUUGUUCCUCUGUUGCCUACGGAAAUGCUCAGAUCAUUGAGUGUCUCAAAGAGAGCAAGAAGCAGCUUUCUCAGGUUUGUCAUCAGAAGAUCUUUAAGCUUCAGGAAACUGAAAUGAUGGAUCCGGAGCUGGACUAUCAGCUCAUGAGAGUGUGCAAGCAGAUGAUCAAGCGGUUUUGCACAGAGUCAGAUGCUAAGAACAUGCUACAGUGUCUAAAACUGAACAAGAACAGCGAGCUUAUGGAUCCCAAGUGUAAGCAGAUGAUCACCAAGAGACAAAUCACUCAGAACACAGACUACAGACUGAACCCAGUGUUGAGGAAGGCUUGUAAAGCAGACAUUCCCAAGUUUUGUCAAAGCAUUCUUGGCAAAGCCAGUGACGCCAACGAGCUGGAGGGUCAAGUCAUAUCCUGCCUCAAACUCAAGUAUGCAGACCAGCGCUUGUCUGGAGACUGUGAGGAUCAGAUCAGAGUGAUUCUUCAGGAGUCAGCGCUCGACUACCGGCUCGAUCCUCAGCUCCAGGUUCACUGCAGGAAUGAGAUCACGCGGCUGUGUGCUGAGGAAGCUGCCGCACAGGAACAGACGGGUCAAGUGGAGGAGUGUCUGAAGAACAACCUUCUGAAGAUUAAACAGGAGGAGUGCAAGACGGAGGUGUUGAACAUGCUCAAAGAAAGCAAAGCAGAUAUAUUUGUGGAUCCUGUCUUGCACACGGCCUGUGCUCUGGAUUUGAAACACCAGUGUGCAGCCAUCAACCCUGGAAGAGGCAGACAAAUGUCCUGUUUAAUGGAAGCUCUGCAGGACAAGCAAGUGCGUUUACAGCCUGAAUGUAAGAGAAGAUUACAGGACCGCGUAGACAUGUGGAGCUAUGCAGCGAAGGUGGCACCAGCUGAAGGUUUCUCGGACCUCGCUCUACAAGUCAUGACAUCACCUUCGAAGAACUACAUCCUGUUGAUGAUUGCUCUGGCCGUGUCCCUCCUCUUCCUCGUGGGGCUGCUGUGUGGCCGUAUCACCAAACGUGUGACCAGAGAGCUGAAAGACAGGUAGAGCGAGGAUUCCGCCCAUCCGCUGGUUCACAUGUCAUUUCCUGCGCUCGCUGUUCUCUGUUCUUAUACCUGCCAAGACUUUGGGAGCGGCAGUGGACCUUCUGUGGGUCGGUGCCAUGUUAGGAACCCUCUCUAGCCCACCCUGAGGCUCAGUCCAAACAUACAACCUUUGAAAUGCUUCUCAGACAGGAUCAAGAUCAUUUUGGGACAUUAUGCCUUGAGUAUAUGUUUUUAUUUUGAGAGUGACAGCCUUACUUCUUGACUGUGAUAUGGUCAUCAUGUGUCAAUGCAGUCAUUUUAUCAUUGCAUCUUUCAGUUUUUUCAGAAUGACAGGGCUUUAAUCAACAGCUUACAUGAAAAUUCACAAGCCAUUUUUAUAUUUUGUUUUUCACUUCGUUUUUUUUUUUUUUGGGUGGAAUUCAUUUCUGAGUGUCUCCUAAAUGUUUUAGCACUGGGGAGGGAAGAUGGUUUUUCUAGUCAUAAAUGAUGAUCCUGACACCUGAAAGACAUUACAUUUAUGAUACAUUAGACAGACAUCAAGUGGUAAACUUGCAACAAUUGACAUUUCAAUAGCCCUUUAUUAUUAUUUAUUAUUAUUACCUUUGCUAGAAGGUUUCAUUUUAAAGGGCAAAGUCAAACUUUAUAAUAGUAAACACAUUGAGUGAAUCUCAUGAAAAUAUGUCCAGGCCCUAAAUAUAUAUAUAUAUAUAGAGAGAGAGAGAGAGAGAGAGAGAGAUUAAUUUUUCAUGACAAUUUCCUCCCAGAAUUACCAUUACGUCUGUACAUUUCUCUUUUGAGUUAUUUUAUAAUUCCCAUUAUUAACACAGUUUUUUACUGUUUUAUGUUGUUUUGAUUUAUUUAAAUCAAUAAAGGAAGUAAGACAAAUACAGCCAAAUAAGAUAAUAUUGUAAAAUCAUAAAAUAUUUAAUUGACAAAAAUCCAAGUAAAUUUUUAUUUUGGUAUGACAAACAUGUUCUUGGACUGGUUUUGUGAGAUUCCCCUGCUGAUCGUCUGAGUGAUCAGUCUGAAGAAUCAAAAACAUCUGGUUUGCACAUUUAUAAUGGAUUAGGCAUUAAAUCAUAAAUAAACUGAGAGUAUGAAAUUCAAAUAGACCUGCAGCUCUGUCAGAAGGUUUAAUGAGAAAGAAAGGUUGGAUUGUCCAGGGCCAAGUUUCCUGCAGACCAAUGUUAUAAGGAUGAACGUGACUAUAUACCCUGCUCAAUGUAUUUUUUCCUGUUCAGAGCUACUUUGAAUGUUCACAGGAUGAUUGCACUUUUUUGAUAUUUUGUUAUGUUUGGCUUAAGCCUUAUUUAUUGUUUACAACAAAUGUGCUGAUCUUGGUUUCAUAUUUGCGUGCCUCUGUGCGUGUGGAUAGAGAUAAAUCUGUUUUUGAACUUAUUUCAUAACGAUGUUCUAAUGUUGCCUUUUCUCUUUCUCUGUCAUCCCAGUGAAAGAAACAUUUAUUAGUCCCCUUGGAUGGUGGCUCUGUAUUCUUUCAAAGCUGUACCCACAGACAUCUCUAGUAUGAAAAGGAAUGACAUACUUGUCUUUUUAAUUUGUUACUGUGUUACUAUGACUAUAACUGUGAUGUUUAUAUGCAUAACAUUUAGUAAAGACAUAAGGUUUUUCAAAGGCCAUGCAUUAAUUUAUGCAUUAAUUUAGAUGCAUUCAUUUUAACUAACUUUCUUUUUUUUUGCAUGAUGAAAACGAAGUCUAUUUUCAUGAGAAUUAAUCACAGUAUUUUUACUGUUAAACCAGUAGGGAAGUGUGCUUAAUUUUCAGGAAUAUACUAUUGCAUAAAUCGUUUUUUUUUUGAAGAAGAAGAAGAAGAAGAAGAAGAAUCAAAAUUUCACUCCAAAUUAAAUGGGUUUUGUGGGAUUUACCUUUUAAUUUUCUAAUAUUUUCUUGACAGGAGCUGUACCACUAUAGAGAAGGUUUCUCUGGAUUCGGUUUUGUAAAUCCAUGCACAUUUGCAUAUUGUGUUUUUCAAAGUGUGUGCAAAGCUCUAUGAAACCAAUUUGUCCACUGUCCUUUUAUUAAAGGGAUAGUUCAUCCAGAAAUUAAAAGCCAUUUACUCACCCUCAUGUUCCAAACCUGUAUGCAUUCAUUUUUUUCUGCUGAACACAGUAUUUUGAAGACAGUUUCAGUUCCUGUUGACUUAUUGCAUUUUUGUCAAUACAAUGGAAGUCAGUUGGUACCAAAACGGAUUAGCUGCCAAAAAAUAAAUUAGUUAAUUCUUCUUUCACUUUUUACAGAGAGUCAGACAUGUUUGGUACAACAUGAGUGUGAGUAAAUGAAAGAAUGGUCAUUUUUGAGUGCACUUAUCCCUUUAAUAGACUCAAAAAUAUCUCAGACUCCAACAUGUGGGAACAGAUUUGUACAUUUGAAUAUUUUGCUAGCAUUGAUGAUCUCAGUGUUAUUCUGUAAAUAAUGGAUCUAAUGUGCAGAUCAAAGACAGUGUCCGAGAAAUUUGGACUGUAAAAUUCAACUGAUCAUAUGUUUGACUAUGUACUGUAGAUAAGUAAAUGUUAAAAGUUAUAUUAUUCCAACUGUAUUUCUCCUAAUUCAUGUUUUUUGAGACUGAUCAUGAUUCGUUUUGAUUGACUGGACUUCUUUGGUUGUUUCUUGACUAUUUUACGUAUAACUGGUUUAUAAUGGGUUUUUAUCACAUUGGAUGUCAAAAUUCAUAAAGCUGACAGUGAUGUGUUCUGUUGGAUCUGGACUCUGUACUAGUGUGGAAAUCAAGGGACCCUUAAGCAUUUCGGAGGAGGUUCAUGGAAUACAACUAUUAUGCUUGCUUUCUCUUUUAAGAAAAAAAAAACCUUUUUGCUUGGACAAUUACUUUUAUUAAUUAAUUUGAUUUUUUUUAUAUAUAUAUAUUUUGUAUUAUUGUUUACAGAAAAUUUAGGAUUCUGAUUUUUUUUUUUUUUUUUCAUCUUUGUUUUGUUUUGAGGAGCCCCAUUUGGAAAGCAUCUUUUAAAGCCACAGCAAACGCAGUGCAGUGCCAAAGAUGAUGCAUCUUUGUUAAAAAUGGCUUUUCUCUGCUCCUCUGGAAGACCCAUCCAACUGUGAGCGGCUUUGUCAUGUUUCCUAUUAAAUGCAAAUUGACUAAACAUAUGAAACGUUAUGGAUGAUAUUUUAUCAGUUUCUUCAUUUUGCCAUGGAAGAUUAAUGUGACAAAUCAGACUUUUUGUUGGUUUCCCUAAUUCUGUACAGAUGAGUUAUCAGUUUAAUAAAACGCUGUAGAUUUUCUUA